AUGGCCUCCUCCACUUAUGUUCUUUACCAUUACACCCCCAGCUUGGUGGCUGCGAUCAUCUUUUCUGCCUUGUUCUUCUUGACCACUGCUUUCCACCUGUAUCAGCGGAUCAGCACCAAAUCCAAAUACUUCAACCCUUUUAUUGUCGGAGGUAUCUUUCAGAUUAUCGGUUAUGCCGCUCGGGCCGUCUCUCGCUUCCACACAACAUCAACCACUCUUUAUGCCAUGCAAACCCUUUUCGUUCUGCUGGCGCCAACUCUCUAUGCGGCCUCAAUUUAUAUGGUCCUUGGUAGAAUCAUUGUUUUUCUCCACGGCGAGCAUUUAAGCUUGGUUCCUGUCCGAUUCAUGACUGGGAUCUUCGUGAUGGGAGAUGUUCUCUCUUUCGUGCUCCAAGGCGCCGGUGGUGGCGUCAUGAGCAGCAGCGGAUCUGCAAAUCUUCUGAUCAUUGGCCAGUGGAUUAUUGUCGCCGGUCUCUGCGUCCAGCUCCUGUUUUUCGGAGCUUUCAUCAUCACUUCCAUGCUCUUCCACGUUAGAAUCGGUCGUUCACCUACACAACAAGCUGAGAACUCGAAAACCAGUAGAUUCCUUCGCGAUUGGCGAGGUCUCCUGUUCGCCCUUUACACUGCGAGCGUGCUGAUCUUGAUCCGGUCUGUAUAUCGUGUGAUUGAGUUCGCCCAAGGAAAUAAUGGCUACGUCAUCAGCCACGAAGUCUUUCUGUACGUUUUUGAUGCCACGAUGAUGUUCCUGGUCAUGGUUGUGAUGAAUGCCUUCCACCCCGCUGUUGUUUUGCAAAGGAACCCGUCCAUAUACUAUAGGGGGCAGAAGAGCUCGCGCACUGAUGCCGAGUUGGACGAGCUGCGUGUCUAA